AUGUACGAAGCAGGCAGCGAGCAGAUCAACUGCAAUGGGGCAGUCAUCGAGCUGCCCUCGCUGGAGGUGGUCAAAACAGCACCCAAAAUGCCCACGGAUGCAAACAUCGACUGGCUGCUCCACAUAUAUUUUACUCGCCGCGAAUUCGAGAGAUGCCGUCGGCUCAUCGAACGUGAAUUGAAUCGUCAUUUGAAUGCGGAGUAUCUGUACUUUGUCAAGGGUUUAAUUGACCGCGAAGAUGGCAACAACAUUGAGGCGUUGCGUAACCUACAAAAAGCAGUCGAGCUUAAUUCAAAGAAUAUCGAGACGUACAAGGAAAUCGGACGCACACUCUAUAGCAUGGGUCGCUUUGGCCAGGCACUAAGCGUUUUUCGGGAGGCGGAGCAGCAGAGUCCCCGCAAGGAUCAUGAAAUCUAUCACUACCUGGGCGAGCUGCUGUACCGUGCGGCGGCCACACAACCGCAAUUGGAAGUGGCCCGACAGCAGCAGACGGAGGCCAGAGGUUACUUCGAGCUGGCCGUGCAGACGGGCAAGAAACUGGAGAGCUAUGUGCGCCUGGCCGAGCUGUAUCGCAAGGACAAGGAGUACCAGAAGGCCAUUGAUGUCCUUGAGGCGUGUUUGCAUCUGACACCCGAGAACGCUGAGGUACUUACCGAAAUCAGCGUAUUGUAUUUGAAAAUCAAUGAGACCCAAAAAGCCUACGAUCGCUUAGCGGAAGUCGUCAACAUUGAGCGGAAGUGCACGCCCAAAGGCUUGUUGGCUCUAGGCGCCAUUUUGCAGUCGCGCAACGAUGUCGAUGGAGCCCUGGGCAAGUACAGCCAAAUCGCAGAUGGCGAGCCGGAAAUUGCCGAGCUUUGGAACAACAUUGGUCUCUGCUUUUUCAAAAAGCAAAAGUUUAUUGUGGCCGUUUCAUCGCUGCGCAAAUCCGUUUGGAUAUCGCCCCUCAACUACAAUGCCCUCUACAAUUUAAGCCUUAUUUACAUUGCCUCCGAACAAUAUGCAAGUGCGUUUCACACGCUGGCCGCGGCCAUAAACCUGCGCAAGGACAAUGCCGAAUGUUAUAUGCUCCUUGGCUUGUGUUUGCGAAAACUGGACGAUACGGAAAAUGCCUUUGUAGCGUUUGAGCGUGCCUGCAGUCUCGCCCAGGGGCAACAGGGGAGCAUGCGGCACCCAUUGGUAUUCCUAAAUUUCUCACUCUUCUGCUAUGAGACCGGACGAUUGGCCUUGGCAACGGAGCAAUACAACCGAUUCAUGGCACACGCUCAGGAUCUAUUGCUGCCCACAGAAUACAAAUUUCAGGCCACUAAAUUGAAGUCCUUGCUGCGCAUCUCAAGUCACAGUCAUGGAAUUUUAUCCGAUGACGAAGAAGCACCUAAAAAGGAGGCGGAAACUGAAGAGCAACAGGAAGAGUUGCCACUGGAAGUGAAUGCGGUGGUCAGUAAGAAUUGAGAUGGAGAGAGAUUGAUACACGAAGAACUAAUUAACUCACAUCGAACAUUUAUUUAAACCUGUUCUCAAAGUCAAUUAAAAAUCCGCUUACAAAUCGCAUAAAACAUAAUUGCAAGCUAAUGAAAAUCCAUUAGCUGGUCUCUCAUUAAACACUAUUUUAGUUUACAAAUUAUAUUUAUUCUAGAAUCUAGAUGUAUGUAUAUGAUUAGGCAUAGUUAUUAUAUAUUAUCAAGUUCAAAUAUUAAAUGGACAAGAGAACAAGCAAGCUCAGGGGCUCUCUGGCUUUUCGUUCUCUUGUCGCAAUUUUCAAUUAGUAUUUAGAUUUAGUAGUUUUAAAAUUUAAUACAUAAAAAACUGUA